CCGAGUCACCUUCGCUCGUUUGGCUCCUGCUCUCUUUUGUGUCAACAUCAGCGCCCACAGCCUCCGGAACGUUAUUCACGCGCGAUCUUGUGGACUAAUCUGAUACAUCGUAACUAGUGGCGAGCCUCGGAGGUCUGCGCUUCACAUCAUCUGUGCAAGCUUGUUGAAAUCCAAUCGAUUUCUCGACUUCUACGACCGCAUUCUUUGGGUUGACCAGUGACGGGCGAUAUGGAGGACCCGGAGUUGGCGGCGAUUCGUGCGGCAAGGCAGCAGCAAGGCGGCGCGCAGAGUGGGGAGGACGAUGGUGCGAAGCAGGCAGCAGAGGAACAGAUGCGCAGGGAUCUGCUCGCGACGGUCCUGGAGCCUGCUGCACGAGAGCGACUGGCCCGGAUUGCUCUUGUGAGCUCGGACCGGGCGCGGCAGGUCGAGGCUCUGCUGUUGCGCAUGGCACAGACUGGUCAGUUGAGGGGGAGGGUAUCGGAGGAGCAGCUCAUCGAGUUGCUUGAUCAGCUCGACGGUGCGCAGUCGAAGGCUGCACCCUCGAAGGGCUCGAUCGUGCAUUCGUUGCUUUCGCUCUGCUUGGAUACUGCUUCCCUGACCGCCACAAUGACUCCAGAAAUUCUGCUUCGCGAUACGAUCCAACAUCACCUCAACCUCGAGGCAAGCACCCACAGCGGGGCCUCUGCCCGUCCUCGCUCGCCUUCAUCUUUCUUCAUCGCUGCCUACAACGCCGUCUCGCGCGCAUACCAAAUGGCUACUCGAAUUCACACUAACUCGCCGCUGCCCGCCCCAGCGAUGCACGCCACACAUGGUCUCCCUCAAUCAAAGUCGCACGUUCUCGCAGGCGUGCAAGACGCGUACUGGAGCGACGACGAGGCGGAUGAAGCGGAGUGCCCGCUCUGUCUCGAGGAGAUGGACAUAUCCGAUCUCAACUUCAAGCCGUGCCCAUGCGGUUACCAGGUUUGCCAGUUUUGCUGGCACCACAUCAAGGAGAACCUCAACAGCCGUUGCCCUGCGUGCCGGAGGGAGUACACUGAUGAGGCCGUUCAGUUCAAGCCGAUCAACCCCGAGGAUCACAAGCGCUUGACCCAGCAGAAGAAACAGCGCGAACGCGAACGGAAGGAGCUCGAUGCCCUUGGGCGCCGCCACCUUGCGAACGUACGCGUUGUGCAGCGCAAUGUAGUGUACGUGGUCGGGCUGGGACCAAGGUUCGCCAAGGAAGAGCUCAUACCUACCCUACGCUCGAACGAGUAUUUCGGGCAGUAUGGGAAGAUCUCGAAGAUUGUGAUCACCAAGCGCACCCCACCAGGCGGACGCGCGCCUGUCGUAGGGCUGUAUAUCACAUACCAUCGCAGGGAGGAUGCGGCUCGGGCGAUCGCAGCCGUCGAUGGGGCACCAUCCCCGGGAGGAGGAGGGGAGAUCAUGCGGGCGAGCUAUGGGACGACAAAGUACUGCAUGUCCUUUUUGCGCGGAGUCACAUGCCCCGAUCACAGCUGCAUGAACCUGCACGAGUGGGGGGAUGAGAAGGAUUGCUUCACUAAGGAGGAUCUCACCACGUUGAAACACACUAUGAAGGAUACGGAGACGAGGAGAACGACGACCACGACGAUCAAGAAGGGAGACGAGGCUGAGGGUCUUCCACGUGCGGCAUCAUGGGCCAACAAGAGCAGUACCUCUCUUGCCAGUACCGCACUGCACAAUACCACCAACGCAGUCAAUCAAGUUGCACGGAACGCGCGUCGUACAGGGACGACAUCCCGACAACAACGGUCUGGCUCCACGACGGGCCCAGCACCAGCUAUUGCGGAGAUACGAAAGAAAGCCGCUGCGAAGGUGUCCUCGCAAGCUUCAUCACGGCCCACGACCCCUGCGUCGCUACCAAAUCGACCAGUCACACCCGCUGCCACAAAGGCCUCAAAGGCGAAGGAGACUGCUGUUGCUCCCCCACAACCUCCCCCACCACGUUCUCCCACGUCGUCUGUUGCCGUUGACUCCGACUCCGGUUCGGGGGCACCUGAUGUCGCCUCACCGCAAUCGCCGGCACCUCCGACGCGGGACGUUCCAGCAGUGCCUCCUGGUCUGCCAGCAGUUCCCCCCGGGCUUUCCCCCGUCGUGCCGCCCGGUCUCGUUGCGCCGCCCGGUCUCCCACCCCCGUCGUCGCGUGUUACUUCCGAGACCGCAUCCCCGAUCCCCAUACAGCAAUCGCAGUCCUCGUACCAAAUGUCGUCGCAAGCUCAGGCGCUCAUGGAGGAUCUUCGCGCCCGCCGCGAGUCGAGCAUCGCGACGGUUGUCCAGAGCCCGUUCCCCGAUUUCGACCGGAUGUUGCAGAGCUUGAACAACGAUACCGGGUUUGGCGGAUUCAGCUUCAAUUUGGACCCGAAGCUCGCGGGGGACGUGCCAGAAGAUGCGACGCUCGGGUUGCCCGACUUUGGCGCGGAUGCUGACGCGAGCGUGCCGUUCAGCGGGGGUUUCUUUGAUGUGUUCCCGACCUUGCGUCCGACAGGGCAGGCUGCGGCGAGUGCGGGUAGUCCGCUUAUGCCUCCACCGGGGAUACCGUUCGCGGCGCACGGGCAGAGAACGGUGCUUGACCCGCUAACAGGGAAGGGGACGCUGGAGCGACAGUCUACCGGCUCGAGCUAUACGGGGUCGUUCAAUCCGUUCGGUGGAGAUGGAGCCGAUGAGGCCCUUUCACGCAAGUAUUCGCCUCUCGACGAGGAGCGGAAGGUGUCGAGGUUCGGCUUCGCGAGGGGCCGUCAUGGGUCGGCCUCGUCAUCGUUGCAUGCGUCUUCGCCGCUCAACAACUCCGAGACCUUGUCUCAUGUGGCCUACCAUAACAACGUCGGGGACUUCCCGGGACAUGGGUCGCAGUCGCCACAGUGGCCGCUCUCAGCGCGACACAACGACUAUGCGAACCAUCACUACCAGAGCAGCUCGGCGAUGAGCUCGCCGCUUGCCCAGCAUAUGCAGGCUGCCCAGUCUCCUUUCAUCAAUAAUCACACCGUCAACCACAACCACAACCAUAAUCAGCAGCAACAGCAACAGCUGCCGCAAUUGAACCGGUUCCAGUCAUACGACAACGGCGGGGUCAGUGAGCAGCAGCUGAGGGAACUGAUCAUGUCGAGUCGCGAGCGGAUGAACGUGUCGAGGAACGGUCCGAUGGAUCAGACAGCGUACAACCACAACCCAGGACAACCGUUCAACGACCCUGCUAUCAUGUCGGCGCGGCUGGCUUCUUCAAGUCUUGGUCAGGCCAUUCCGAACGGUCGGUUUGCUGCACCUCCAGGUAUAGGCAUGGACGGGUUCGGAUCGCAUCCUAUGGCCUUUGCAGCCCCGCCUGGGUUGUCCUUUCAGGAGGACGCAGUAGGAAGCCCUGGACUUGCGAACCAGCACGGUUAUGGAGGGCCAGCAACGGCACAUGUGGAGGUCUCACAGUCAGGAGGUUCAGCGCAUGCGUCAACGGUCCCUUCGCCCGUUCCUCCCGAUUCUCCUGCUUUGUCCACCUCAGACUUCCCUGCGCUGGGCACGACCGCCGAGCAACUAGCUCCCGUCCCCUUCUCCGACAAAUCGCAGACUAGCGGUGCAAUCGCGACGCCGGCGGACGCCGACAGCGCCGCGCAAGAGAAGGCCGCGCGCAAGGCUGCCAAGAAGGCGGCUGCGGUGGAGCGUGCGGCGGAACGGGCGCGGAUUGCUCAGGAGAAGGCAGCAGCGCGCGUAGCAGAAAAGGAGCGGCACGCUAAGGAGAAGGCCGCGGAGAAGGAGCGGCUAGCGGUAGAAAAGGCGGAGAAGGAGCAGGCGGCGAAGGAGAAGGCAGAAAGGGAGAAGGCAGACAAGGCAAAGGCGGCGAAGGAGAGGGCUGAGCGAGUGCAGGCAGAGAGGGAGAAGGCCGAGCGGCAGGCGGCCCAGAAAGCUGAGAGGGACAGGGAGGCAGAGGCGCAGAGGGCUGUUGCUGCCGCGGCCAAGGCUAGCAAGCAGGCGGCAGGCAAGGCUGCCAAGGCCACGACCCCGACUUCUGCGAGUGGUCCUGCUACUGUCGUGGACAAGGCGGGGCGCAAGGCUCAGGCUUCCAAGCAGGCGGCUGCUGCCACCCCGACUCCUGAGCCUGUUGUCCAGGCUCCUAUCCUUGCAAGAAUGCCGAAGAAGAACAAGCCCGUCACGAAGCCCAUCAAGAUCCCGAGGGAGGAUAAUGCUGCUGACGCCGCCUCUACACUGCCCUCUGCUGCCACCUCGGAUGCGCCCCAAUUUCCUGACAGUCGCGGGCCCGAUAGUAGCUCGAACAAUUCUCGCGCGCACUCCGUUGAUCGGCCAACUCCCAUUCAGCCUAUGUCUGUCAAGGAGAUGCUCGACGAGCUCAACACUCAGUUCCCGUGGCUCGGGAUAUCGAAGCACCCCUUCUUCGACAUGACAAAGAUCAACCCUGCGUCGAAGGUCCCUCUCGAGUACGGUCCCCUCGUGCAUGCUCUCUCGGCUUUGUCGGUUGGAGGCGGCUCGUUCGCCAACAACAUGCCCUCUGGUUCAAUUGACAAUGCCGUCUCUUCGUUCCAGCAGCUGCUUGAAACGUUGACACAGACCAUUUCGGAUCUUCUGCGUCUGCUUCCCCGUACGACUUGGGACGACAGCUCGUCGUUUGACGGUGUCCUGCGUGACAUGCUCAAGGGCGACGACUUCCUCGACGAUGGCGGAGACGAUCAAAACAGCCAGGAAAAGGAGGAUGAAGUCGCAGCACUGACCCUUGCGCUUGAACGCCGCGCACGCUGGAUGGAGGUCCAGCUGUCAAAGCUCGAGGAACUCCAUCGGGACAUCAACAAUGCUGCUGUGCGCGCUGUGCUCACGUUCAACGACAGCGGCUGGGACGUACACGGAACUCUGCCGAAGGUGGGCAAGACGCUCGAGCGGUUCGACAAGCUCAAGUUCGUGCCGCAGGAGGACAGAGAGAUGACGGCGGACGAACUAGAGAAAAAGCUGGUGGUGGCGAAGGAGGCGGCGCAGUUUGUGGAGGCGGAGUUAAGGGAGGUAAUGCGGAACUUGCAGGUGCUGAGGCCCACGGACGACUUGGCUCCAACGGACCAAUAUUGAGCAGUACGAUGCGGCGUGGACCCAGAAGACAACGUUGUCCGUGUAUGAACAUACAGUACAAUCGUGCAUUCGAUUAGUGCAAAGUAGUAAACAGCGUCAUGCGCUUCUUUCUCGCCUGUGCAUUGCUGUGACGAGAGGGUGGCAGCAUCUCGGUAUGUCAUUCAAUAGCUACAGCUUGUGUGCUGGCAUGCUUUGAUCAAUCUCAGUAAUACAGUG